CCAAUCGGGAGAUCCCUAGCUUGGCGGGAGUCUUGACCGCCGCCGGGCUCUCAGGGUUUCCGCGCGAGCUGGGGGUGUCCCGCUGCCGUGGCCAUGUUCGUGUUCGACUUCCGCAAGGAGUUCUACGAGGUGGUCCAGAACCAGAGGGUCCUUUUCUUCGUGGCCUCGGACGUGGACGCCCUGUGCGCUUGCAAGAUCCUUCAGGCCCUGUUCCAGUGUGACCACGUGCAGUAUACGCUGGUUCCAGUUUCUGGGUGGCAAGAACUUGAAACUGCAUUUCUUGAGCAUAAGGAACAGUUCCGUUAUUUUAUCCUCAUUAACUGUGGGGCCAACGUGGACCUGUUGGAUAUCCUUCAACCUGAUGAAGACGCCGUGUUUUUCGUGUGUGACAGUCACAGGCCAGUCAACGUGGUCAAUGUGUACAACGACAACCAGAUCAAGCUGCUCAUUAAACAAGAUGAUGAUCUUGAAGUUCCCGCCUACGACGACAUCUUCAGGGACGAGGACGAGGAGGAGGAGGAGGAACAUUCGGGAGAUGAACACGACCAGGGCUUGGAGCCUUCCGGGAAGCGCACACGGUUAGAGGAGGAAAUUGUGGAGCGAACCCUGAGGAGGAGGCAGCGGAGAGAGUGGGAGGCACGGAGAAGGGACAUCCUCUUUGACUAUGAGCAGUACGAGUAUCACGGGACGUCGUCAGCCAUGGUGAUGUUCGACCUGGCGUGGAUGAUGUCCAAGGACCUGAGUGACAUGCUGUGGUGGGCCAUCGUUGGACUCACAGACCAGUGGGUGCAAGACAAGAUCACCCAGAUGAAGUACGUGACCGAUGUGGGCAUCCUGCAGCGGCAUGUAUCCCGGCACAACCACCGGCACGAGGACGAGGAGCACGCGCUCUCUGUCGACUGCACGCGGAUCUCCUUCGAGUAUGACCUCCGCCUGGUGCUCUACCAGCAUUGGUCCCUCCACGACAGCCUGUGUAACACGUGCUACACCGCGGCCAGGCUCAAGCUCUGGUCCCUGCAUGGGCAGAAGCGGCUCCAGGAGUUCCUCGCGGAUGUGGGUCUCCCUCUGAAACAGGCGAAGCAGAAGUUCCAGUCCAUGGACAUCUCCUUGAAGGAGAAUUUGCUGGAGAUGAUUGAAGAGUCUGCCAGUAAAUUUGGCAUGAAGGACAUGCGCGUCCAGACGUUCAGCAUCCACUUUGGCUUCAAGCAUAAGUUCCUGGCCAGUGACGUUGUCUUUGCCACCUUGUCACUGAUGGAGAGCCCCGAGAAGGACGACUCCGGGAUGGGCCACUUCAUCCAGGCCCUGGACAGUCUCUCCAGGAGUAACCUGGACAAACUGUACCGUGGCUUGGAACUCGCCAAGCGGCAGCUGCGGGCCACACAGCAGACCAUUGCCAGCUGCCUCUGCACCAACCUCGUCAUCUCCCAGGGGCCCUUCCUCUACUGCGCCCUCACGGAGGGCACUCCGGAUGUCUCGCUCUUCUCCAAGCCAGCGUCCCUGAGCCUGCUCAGCAGACACCUGCUCAAGUCCUUCGUGUGCUCAACAAAGAAUCGGCGCUGCAAGCUGCUGCCCCUGGUGAUGGCUGCGCCCCUGUGCGUGGAGCAGGGCACCGUGACUGUGGUGGGCAUCCCCCCCGAGACCGACGGCUCAGACAGGAAGAACUUUUUUGGUCGGGCUUUUGAGAAGGCGGCGGAAGGCACGAACUCCCGGACGCUGCACAACCAUUUCGACCUCUCAGUGAUUGAGCUGAAAGCUGAGGACCGCAGCAAGUUCCUGGACGCGCUUGUCUCCCUCCUGUCCUAGGGUUUGAUUUCUUCAGAAAUGACCUCCUUUCCUUAUUUAUGUUAACUGGCUUUUAUUUAGAUUAUAAGUUAUGAAUGUGAUUUUAGAUACAGGGACAGUGGUUUUGAAUGGAAUAAAAUGUUUAUUUUA